AGCGCUGGACUCAAAUCGACCACAUUGUCAUCGGUCAAAGCUGGCGAGGAUACAUUGAAGACUGCCGCUGCUACUGGUCAACAACCGUGGACAGAGACCAUGCUCUGCUACGAGCGAGAUUCUCUUUACGCCUAG